AGAUACCAAAACUACGAGCCUCCUUCAGAAAAAUAUAAUAUCGUACAAUGUCAGCUAACUCUAACGCAGAACUUGACAUGCAGAUCGAACGGCUCCGCAAAGGAAAUACAUUAUCUGAAAAUGAAGUGAAGAUAUUGUGUGAAAAGGUGAGCAAAGUCAAACAAAAUGAUGUCUAUUUCCUUGCUUAUGCCUUUUCACUCUGUCAUAUUGAAAAAUGAUUUAAAUAUGUCGCCAUAAACGAUUGGCAUGAUUCCAGGAUAUCCCAUCACCAUGUUCCUGUCUGCCGUGGAUUGGCGGCUUAUCAUCGCCGUUGUGAGUUGAAGCUAACUAAACUCAACUUCUUCGUUUGAAUUUCUUCAUGGGCCUUUUCGAAUUAUUUCAUCUCCUCUUGCGGAAGGCAAAAUUAAUUUUGUCUGACGAGUCCAACGUCCAAGCUGUGUCUGCUCCUGUCACUGUUUGCGGUGAUAUCCAUGGUCAAUUCUACGAUUUGCUAGAACUGUUUCGCAUCGGAGGCAGGUGUCCGGAAUCUAAUUAUUUGCUAAUGGGUGAUUACGUUGACAGAGGGUAUUUUUCGUUGGAGACGGUAACCCUUCUCAUAGCCUUGAAAGUUCGAUAUAGGAAUCGCAUUACGAUUCUUCGGGGAAACCACGAAAGCCGUCAGAUCACCCAAGUUUAUGGAUUCUAUGACGAGUGCCUUCGGAAAUACGGGAAUGCGAACGUUUGGAAAAAUUUUACGGACACUUUUGAUUACCUCCCAAUGACUGCUGUGGUUGCCGAUCGUAUAUUCUGUCUUCACGGUGGUUUGUCCCCUUCUAUUGAUACUCUAGAUCACGCGCGUGAUCUUGAUAGAGUGCAGGAAGUACCACACGAAGGUCCGAUGUGCGAUUUAGUGUGGUCUGAUCCAGAUGACAGGUGAAGAAAUUCGUUUGUAUUUAUUCCUCUGCAGUACGGUACUCAACGCCUCAACUUCAAACAUUACAUCAAUUUUAUUGCUCAUUUCUGUUUUUCUACCUUUUGUCGUUUUAUCAUGAUGUCUUUGGUCUUCCCGAUACUAAACUCAUCUUCAAAUUGGAAGAUGUGGAUGGGGUAUCUCACCGAGGGGAGCAGGUUACACCUUCGGGCAAGACAUUACUGAACAAUUUUGCCACAUUAACGGCCUCCAUUUUGUUUCUCGUGCGCACCAACUUGUCAUGGAAGGAUACCAGUGGCAGCACAACAGACAGGUCGUGACUGUUUUCUCUGCCCCCAACUAUUGUUACAGAUGUGGAAAUCAAGCAGCUAUCAUGGAAGUCGAUGAUUUCGUCGACCAGACAACGAAGGACACCGUCCACGAUCACUGCAAAUUUUCACAGUUCGACCCCGCACCUAGAGACGAAAAUUGGCACAAGAGCACGAGAACGCCCGAUUACUUUUUGUAGAGUCACGUGAUUUCAAUUUCCACCGGGCCAUAAAAGAUAUCGCAAUAG